CAUCAAGAUGUUACAACUUCUCUAUCAACAACUGAGCAGUUUUAGUGCCACACUGAUCCACUUUUAUUUUGAAAUCAAUGUCAAGUAGGUUUAUGCAAAAGUCUUGACACAUCAUUACUAAACAAAUGACAGCAAGACAAUUAAAUACUUUUUUUUAAUUAAAACUCUUGGAGUUGAAAAGUAGAAAGGUAAACAUACACAUACAGUAAAUAGAGCAAGUCGAUUUUUUAUAUUUAGUACUUUUAUUUAGUAGUUUAUAUAAAUACAAUACAUAGAUAGUACUUGAAGCUUGCGGGACAGGAACAAGGAAGUAGAUUACAUAUAUGAUUUGCAGUUUUCAGUUUCAUUUCAGUGAUAACAAAUGUGAAUCUGCAGAACAGAUCACUGUGCAGCAUACUGUGAAGAAAAGAAAGAAAGGAAGAAAGAAAGAAAGAAAUGCAGAGGACCAUACAUUGAUCAGAUUCCUCCUGACUUCUUGGAUCCUUCUCCAAGGGUGUGAUUCAGAUGUGAACUGUAGGAAUGACGAUGGAAACCAGGUCGACUGGUUUGUUCUAUACAAGUUGCCCAAUUUGAGGGAUGGUGGUUUGUCGUAUCUGUACAUGGACGAGAGCACAAAAGGAUGGAGGCUCAGCAGAGAAACCAUCAACAGUGCAUCUGGCGCUCUGGCAUAUACCCUGAAACCUCUGCUUGACUUCUAUGACAGAAAGAUUGAAGGCUUUGGAUAUAUGCUGUACAGUGAUCAACCUCCAAAACCAUAUGUUGCUCCAUCAUCAUUUGGCCACAGUAAAGGCGUCAUAAUGUUGGACAGAGCUACUGGAGUUUGGCUCUCACACAGUACACCACAAUUUCCAACAUAUGGCAGCAAAGACUUCUGGCCAAAAAAUGGAAAUGCGAAUGCUCAGACCUUUAUGUGUGUAACUUACUCCUAUGAUGAAUUCAAAAAAAUAGGAUUGCAGCUCAAGUUCAUCCAUGCAUAUUCGUACGACUCUGACAUACCGACAACAUUUCACAAUGAGCUGCGUUGUGUUGCUCAGAGAGACUGCUACCCAAAGACGGCACCCUGGUUCAGAGAACAGAUCCUGACAUCAGUGAACAGACGACAGUUCCACAGCUUUGCAAAAUACAGACGUUUUGGAGAUGAUCUUUACUCUGGCAUUAUUGUAAACAACACAAAGCAGGAUUUGUAUGUCAAGAGCUGGGGGAAGAUGCGUCGCCCCCUGCCCUCUAACUGCACCAUCACUCAUCAUGUGUACAAUGUGAAGGAAAUGCGUCUUCCCGACAGGAACCCAUUCACCGACACCGUCGAUCACUCCAAGUGGUGUGUGACGCAGGAUGCUGGCUGGGCCUGCAUCGCUGACAUGAACAGGGAAGAGAGUCAGAUGGGCAGAGGUGGAGGAGCAAUAUGCAGCACUGAUGUUGCAUUUGGUCAGGCUUUCAGAGGAUUGAUCCAACAGGUUGAACCAUGUAAUGUUGAAGGUGCAUUUUCUGAUGCGCACAGAGAGCUUUGAAGGAAAAAUCAUGUGAAAUAAAGCUGCACGCUUGAAAACUGAAAGGCAUAACAGGAACAUGACAGAUGUUCUAUAAAAAGGUUGUAGAUGGCGUAUGACUGCAUCUGUUUAUAAUUGAGGCUGGGUUUUAUUUAGCUAAUUAAAGACAUCAUGGACUGAGUUUUGAAAGAAACAAGUAGAAGUAAGUUAUUAACAAGUAGAAGUAAGUUAUUAUCACAUAUUCCAUGUUACUUCCUUUUUUUAAGUUAAAAUGUGAAUAACCCACUUGUGGUUAUAGUCAAAUUCAACCGUUUUAAUUCAUAAAUGUGUCAUUCAUUUCAUGCGUUCACAACUGUAUGCUGUGUAACAUCAACAUUUGAAAAGAGAAUAUUUUACUGAUGUCAUUGAGAAAAAAAUAAAUACAUAUAUGUAUAUAUAAAUGAAUCACAA